AUGGCUGUCCAUCCAUUCAGACAUUAUUUCCUAUCCCUCCUUCAAGUGCUUCCCGUCAUGCUCUGGUAUCUGCCGCUUCUUUUUAGCACAGGUAUUCCAUCUACCUUUGCUGCACAACUACAGCCCAGUCACCAGCCAAAUCUAUAUUUCAACCCCAUCCUACCAGGGUGGCAUCCUGAUCCGUCUUGUAUACAGAAUCGAGGUCUCUUCUUCUGCGUCACCUCAACCUUUCAAGCGUUUCCGGGGUUGCCCGUCUACAUAUCAGCCAACUUAAUAGAAUGGAAACUAGCCAGCCAUGCGUGGAAUCGAGAUUCCCAGCUUCCUGGUUUGAGCUGGAAUACCACUGGUCAAGCGAACGGCAUGUAUGCACCGACUAUUAGGUACCGUAACGGGGUAUACUAUGUCAUCGUUGCAUAUGUAAGGGGUGAUUCCAGGUUGGGGUUGCUGUUCAAGACGACAGACCCCUUUGAUAAUGCCAGCUGGGAGGUUCCAAUCUCGAUAGACCUGAAAGACAUCGACCCUGACCUUUUUUGGGACGAUGAUGGAAAAGCAUACGUGGCCACGGCAGGCGUCUCGCUGCAGGAGCUAGAUCUCGAAAGUGGCAGUCUCGGGGAGGCGAUUCCCAUAUGGAAUGGAACUGGUGGGGCCUGGCCCGAAGGGCCACAUCUAUACAAGAAGGACGGCUGGUAUUACCUCUUGAUUGCAGAGGGUGGCACAAGCGAGAAGCACUCCAUCACCAUUGCAAGAGCAAAAACCAUUCAAGGACCGUACACGUCCAACCCUAGCAACCCGAUACUGACCAAUCGUGGGACUGACGAAUACUUCCAGAGCGUCGGCCACGGGGACUUGUUCCAAGAUGCCGCCGGGAACUGGUGGGGUUUCUGUCUCGCUAUCCGCUCAGGGCCCGCGUAUGCUUUCAUGCCCAUGGGGCGAGAGGCAGUUUUGUUCAAUGCCACCUGGAGCGAAGAGGGGUGGCCGGUUCUGCAACCUGUUCGAGGCCGGAUGGCUGGCAAUAGUUUACCAAGCUCUCCUCUCACAGUCCUUGGCAAUGGACCUGCUGUGGACGGUAAUGAUAGAAUCACGUUCAGAGAUGGAGUUCCUGUGCCGCCACAUUUCAUCCACCAUCGUGUGCCACCUCCCGGUACAUUUGUGGCGACAAAAAACGGUCUGUAUAUCCAAGCAAGACGCGCCAACCUGACAGGAGAUCAAAUGUCAUCCGACGUGGAGUUGACGGGUCAGCACGGUUUGAGUUUUAUUGGGCGUAGGCAGUCUCAUACGCUCUUCCGCUUUGCCGUAGACUUAGCAUUACGGCUGCGUACUGACGGCCAGGAGGCCGGCAUCAGCAUUUUCCGAUCCCAGAAUGAGCAUAUCGACCUAAGCAUAAUCCGAAGAUUGAAUCAGACUUCAAAUAGCUCCUGUGGUGAUCUACUCUUCCGUCUAUCUGGUAUCAGUCCCUCAACCACGAUAGAGGAACGGCUUGUCUCGGUUCCAAAAGCAUGGAAGAAUCAACCCAUCAGAUUCGAAGUAGAAGCAUACAAUGCUUCCGACUAUACAUUCUCAGUAUCGCAAUUAGACAACGCAAGGGCAAGAAUCGUAAUUGGGAAGAUUUCAUCUGGGGCUGUGAGCGGUCGCGGAGGCAUCGGAUUCUUUUUGGGUUCUAUGGUUGGAGCUUUUGCGACCUGCAAUGGCAGGGGCAGCGGAAAUAAAUGCAAGGAGGGAAGUGAGGUGUUCAUCCAACGCUGGGUUUAUGAGGGGAUAGGUCAGGAAAUCGCGAACGGUGAAGUCAUUCCAACCAAAGAUUGA